CAAGGUAUGAAAGUGGAUGCACUUGAUUCUUUCCUCCUCUAUAGCACAUAAGAAAGUCUGGUCAAGAUUUGUUCCAUCUCCAUCAUGGUUAAGGGUCCUGUUCGUAGAAGUGGGGAAAAAAUAAAGGAUAGGAGUAAACGAGGUGCAGUUGUUGAUGAAACUACAACCGCACAUCAAACACCAAAAUAUUUCUGCAUCUCAUUUCUUCUUUAUCUAGAGUACCCUCCAUCGAUGUAUAUCUUAUGGAGGCUGACACAGAAAAAUUGAAGACUUCUCCAAGGACACUCCCAAGUAUGGCAUAGAAGUGAAAGGCUCCCUCCCUCCCCCCUCUCUCGAGCCUACCGAAGCCUUCAAAUGGCAACUCAGCAGCCAAAACAACCUCCAUCACCACCUUCCGCUCCCAGCUCCCAUAUGAUCCAGCUUCUCUCGAGUUUCAUUCUCUUCGGCUUCGGCUUCGCCUUGGGCAUCAUUUCCAGUUUGUACCUCAAAACCAUCCCAUCCGCAGUUCAAAUUCCCCGACUCUCUUUCUUGCCAUCCCUUCCACCUUCAUCAGCACCGCCGUCACCGCCAUUAUUAUCACCACCGCCAGCUCCGCCUGCCUUAAAUCACACAGUCGUUGCCACGGAGAUUGUGGGACGAAAAGGUUAUAUCGAGCCAAGCAAGGUCAUCAUGCAUGACAUGAGCGACGAGGAGUUGCUGUGGAGGGCGUCGAUGGUCCCCAAGAUCGAAGCUUUCGCCUACAACCGCAUCCCUAAGGUUGCAUUCCUGUUUCUCACUAAGGGUGCUCUUCCCCUGGCACCACUGUGGGAGAAAUUCUUCAUGGGGAACGAAGGGCUGUAUUCCAUCUACGUGCACCCACAUCCUUCCUACAAGGACUCGGCGCCUGAGGAUUCGGUGUUCCAUGGCCGCCGAGUCCCUAGUAAGGUGGUGCAGUGGGGACAACCAAGCAUGGUGGAAGCUGAGCGCCGCCUCUUGGCAAAUGCUUUAUUAGACUACUCAAACCAACGCUUUGUCCUUCUUUCAGAAUCAUGCAUUCCCAUCUUCAACUUUUCCACCAUUUACUCCUAUCUCAUCAAUUCUACUGAAACAUAUAUCCACUCCUACGAUGAUCUGGGGCCUGGCGGUCGCGGUCGAUACAAAAUAGCAAUGAGUCCACAACUGAAGCUAGAACAAUGGCGCAAGGGUUCUCAGUGGGUUGAGGUGGAUCGAAACCUGGCAGUCGAAAUAAUUUCUGAUGAAACAUACUUUCCACUCUUUUUGAAACACUGUAGGACAUCAUGCAUUACAGAUGAACAUUAUUUACCAACAUUUGUAAGUGUGAAAUUUGGAUGGAAGAAUGCGAACAGGAGCUUGACUUGGACCGAAUGGGCACCACGUCAGUCGCACCCAGCCUUAUAUCAAGGAUCAGAUGUAACAAUUCAGCUAUUAGAGAGGAUGAGGAAUGGGACUACAUGCAAUUAUAAUGGCGGUACGACUAGGGUGUGCUUCUUAUUUGCUAGGAAGUUCUCACCAAAUUCAUUGGAUCAAUUGUUGAUGUUGGCUCCAAAAAUCAUGGGCUUUGGUUAAAGUUAUAUCAUGAAGGAUGGCAUUUAUGGGUUCAUAUUGACUGUUUAAAUGGAAGAGUUGCUUGAGGGGGGAAAUUCUUUUUAAUGCCAAAUUUCUUAGUUGUUGUCAUAAAGUCGUAAAGGUUUGUGCAUAAGUCUUGUGAGACCUAUGCUAAAGGAUUUUCACAUGACAGACAUUCCUAAAGACUAAAGACUAGGUGUAUAGUUGGUUCUCUGGCUACAUAAAUAAAAACAUGAUGUAUACAUGAGAUAGGAAUAGUAUGAAGUCUGUGGAGCAAUUCAAUGAAUUAGUUU